AUGGCGACCCUCGAGAACUUCCCUGAUCUCCCACCGUUCCCCGACGACGUACCAACUGCUCCUCUUCUUCGUCUGUCAUUGGAGAAACUCCUCAAGCGUGACAAAGACGAAUUUGAGAGGUUUUGUAAAACUUGUGAAGAUAUAGGGUUCUUCUACCUUGAUCUUCGGCAUUCAGACCAGGGGGAAUCGAUCCUCGCAGAUGCGGAUCAGCUGUUCAAAGUCGGCGAAGAGCUCUUCAAUCUCGACCUGGACGAGAAGAAGAAGUAUGACUUUAGCAAGCAGAAUUCGUAUUUUGGAUACAAGGCGCAGGGCGCCGCUGUCGUGGAUAGACAGGGGAAUCUCGAUCGGAAUGAAUUUUAUAACGUCUCGAAGGAUGAUAUUCUCGGAGUAUCAGAACCAUUGCCAGCACCAGAUCUACUGACCCGGCAUCGACCACUCCUUAAAUCCUUCAUCGAGACAGCCCACUCCAUCGUGACCCUUAUUCUAGAACUUCUGAAUGAACACUUAGGCCUUCCACCCUCAACGCUGCCGAACCUCCAUCGCCUCCAUGAGCUAAGCGGAGACCAGGUACGCUUCAUCAAGGCGCCUCCACAGCCUCAGGAUGACAGACGCACCGCGCUGGGAGAGCAUACAGACUUUGGCAGCGUCACCAUCCUUUUCAACCGUCUUGGUGGACUGCAGGUUCUCCCUCCGGGCGAAGAUGCUGAAUGGUGUUACGUGAGACCGCUGCCUGGCCAUGCCAUCGUCAACCUGGGCGAUUCCAUGGUGAAAUUCACCAAUGGGCUGCUUCGAUCCAACAUCCACCGUGUGGUCUCUCCACCUGGCCUGCAGGCCGAUACCACGAGAUAUAGUCUCGUCUACUUCUCGCGGCCGGAGGAUAACGUCUUGCUGAAACGACUGGAAGGGAGCAGCCGCAUCCCGCCUCUUCCUGCUGAUGCGGUCGAAGAAGAGGUCAACAGCAAGGAUUGGAUCAUUCGACGGGCUCUGGGACGUAGAGUGGAUUUGCAUGACAAGAUUGAUUUUGAUAGGGGUGCGGGUACGGAGCAGAUAAGCCGCAGGAUCAAAGUCCACAAUUAG